AUUCGCCCACGCGAGGAUUUGCGUCAAGCAGGCGCGUGGGAGUGAGAUAGCAGUGCAGCUUACAUCGGAAUAUCCCCGCACAAGAGAGAGAUACACUCAGCGAGAGAGAGACAGCACCGAUGAGCCUUCAACGCACUUUCUCUCCUUCGCGAGAGGCGGAGCGCUGCCUCGAGUCAGCGGCGAGCACCGGGAGCAGUCGCGCGCACCAGAUGCGAAAGAGAGCCAUGUCAGUGCUGCUGCCACGUUCCUUGGGCGAGCUGCAACUGUACCGGAUCCUGCAGAAGGCAAACUUGCUCUGCUACUACGAAGCCUUCAUCCAGCAGGGCGGCGACGAUGUGCAGCAGCUCUGUGAGGCUGGUGAGGAAGAGUUCCUCGAGAUCAUGGCCCUUGUCGGAAUGGCGACCAAACCCCUUCACGUUCGAAGACUCCAGAAGGCUCUACGGGAUUGGGUCACCAACCCUUCCAUCUUCAACCAACCAUUGACGUCUCUUCCUGUUUGCAGUAUACCAGUGUACAAGCUACCCGAAAGUUCCCACAGCAAUGGGCAACAGAACCAGCUUGCAGUUCCCAGGGCGUUAUUACCCACAAGCCCCAGUCCUGGAAGACUGGAUAUAAGCAGGGAUGGCACGCCAGGGUGCUCCCCGCUGCAAGGGGCUAGCGAGACUCGUUUCUGGGGAAGCGAGAGCGAGCACAGCCUAUCCCCAUCUGGAGCCUGUUCUCCGUGUUCACCUCACGACACUCUCGAUGCUCUCGAUUCUGCCGCUGUCCAGUGCGUGAUGGAGUGCGUAGAGCGACUAGCCCAAACGUUGCCCAAGAGCGACCUCACAGAAGUCAAAGAACACAUCCGCGCCAAUAAGAAGCUCAGCAAGAUGAUCGGUCACAUCUGCGAGAUGAGCGAAGACGAUCCACAGAAGGAGGCGGAGAUUCGGAAAUACAGCGCCAUCUAUGGGCGGUUCGAUUCCAAGAGACGGGACGGGCGGCAGCUUACGAUGCAUGAGCUAACGGUCAAUGAAGCAUCCGCUCAGCUGUGCAUGAAAGAUCUAUCGCUGCUGACACGAAGAGAUGAACUUUUCUCUCUGGCCAGGCAGAUUUCACGUGAAGUUACCUACAAAUACACCCGCAGGAGCAGCAGGUCCCACUGCGGUGAUGAAGAUGAACCAUCUCCCAAGAGGAUCAAAUCUGAAGAUGGUGUCUACGAUCUACAGGAGGCUCUUCACGUUCUUCAUAUGCGUCAGGAGAUGGUGAGAGAGCAGCUCGCAAUCGCCAAAUCUAAAGGAGAGGAGACGAUCAGACAUAGUCUACAGGUACAGCUGGACUCUCUAUUGGCCAAACAGGUGGAGCUCUUGCGUGACGCUGCUGUCCAAGAAAGACUGAAAUCGUUGGACUGGCGGAUUCCAACUGCGGCACUGAAAUACCUCGCUCCCACUGCUCAACACUGCAACAGUGGCCUCUCACAUCUCUCUGGUGAGAGACCCCUAAACUUGCGUCUGACCGAUGUGCCACUGGGCAGGCAAUUAGCCAAUGAGCUCAAACGACAUCACAAACAGAACGCUGAGGAACGAAAUCAUAAUCAACAAACCUCUGAAGAUAGAAUGACGGCGACCAUAGAAAAUGGGUCUCAGAAGGAGCCCAGGCUUCUGGAAAAGAAGACCAUCAAAUCAGAACCAGAGGACUCCAGAUAACAUCUUGAGCCUCAAAGUGAAACCUGCGUUUUGUUUGCUCAGUGGAUUUAGUAUUGAAACUGUGUGGCCUUAAGAACUGUAAAUGCCUAGAGAUCCAUUUAUUUUGAUUUUCAAUUCUUAAGAAUUAUUUUUAUUUCUAAUUUUAGAGCAAAAAACAUGAAUGUCUUGCACACAGAGAAAUGGUCUAAGAGUGUAUUUGUGCAAUUUUUUUGUACAUAAUGUGUGUUUGUUUAUUUGAUUGCAUGUCUUAUUCGUAACUAUUUUUAUUUAAGCUAUUUGUUAUUCAGAGGAAACACUGGAGUUUCGUAGAAAACGGUUGUGUAGUCCUUAGAUUAGUUGAUAAGGUUAAAUGAUGACAUUCAUCUGUUCGUAUCGGUUUGUCGUUGAGGAUGAACUUAACGUAAAAUAAUACUGAAUAUGUAGAAUUAGCUUUGUGUGUUUUAGAUGUUAGUAUUAGGAAGAAAAGUUUAUUGUGUAUUUGUUACCAGCAACUCUAGCCUUAUUCUUGGUGUACGAUAUUGUGUAUCUCGCUGUCGUUAAGCGUUAACUGUUACAUUGUGACUGUGAUUUUUCUGAAAAAAAAACACUUUUUUUUUCAUCACUCGUGGGCAUUUUGUUAGUUAGCUGUGCUAAUCAGUCAUUCUGUGUGAGUCUUUUCUAUGUACAUUUGUUGUGUAUUUCAUUCUUUAUCUCGUCUUUGUGAAAUUGUUCUACAAAUAAAACCAAACAGUUCA